GCUAUGGGCAGUUAAGCCCGACAUCAGUCAACCUGCCGAGGAUUGGCAGUUGCAGCAUCUCGACGCCAACGGGCCGUGCGACCCGUCACUUUUAAGUAAGGACCUCCCGAUCUACACUGACGGGUCCGAUCUGCAUCCCGCUUUCCCUGACAUCGGCAGGUCGGGAGUAGCAGUAGUUCAACUUUCAGACACAGGCGAGCUGUACAGAGCAAUCCGCUCGCCUCUGCCCUGUAGCUACAAGCAGGCCCCAGUGCACGCCGAGCACGCAGGGCUAGCGAUAGCCGCAGUCUGGUCGACCCACCCGCGCUCUCAACCCAUUUACGUUGACUGCGCCACCCUUCUUAAAGGGCUUAAGCCGCACAUUGCUUUAAAAGGCUCGUUCCAGUUUUCCGAUUACUGGAAAGUCAUAGCGGCGCAGCUCCCUUCCGAUUCCUGGCUGGACGUCAGGAAAAUUAAAGCACACAGAGAGCUUAGUGAGGCGGUGGAUGAACAGGAUGCCACGCACAUUACGGCCAACAGGGCUGCUGACUGGCACGCCAAAGAAGCGGCCAAGCUCCAUGACCUCCCACCCGAGGAAGUCGAGCAGUACUCAGCGCUGGUGACCACAUAUACCGAAUUACUCAUAGGUGUAGGUAAGAUUCUUGGGGGGUGGCCUCAGGCCGGGGACUUGUACGGUGAACUUAACCGUGAGUGCCCGGAGAGAGCCCCCCGUAAAUUCUUAAGCCAACACAGCCCUAUCUGGGACAAUGGCAGAUUCCGUUGCACGAUUUGUCUUAGGAGAGUCUCCCCAAACACCAAAAAACCCUGUCAGGAGGUGGCCUCGCACAUACAGGCGGCCAUCGAAACGGCAGGGGAGCUGAGACACAAGCUGCAGAUAGGUUGGGUCAUAGGAUCGCGCAUGCCCAUUGUUUUCUGUGCAGCCUGCGGAGGGUUCACGUCCAGCGUCCGCAGUCGUAAGCUCCACGCCAAGUGUACUGCGAAGGUGUCCUCGGAGCUCAGAAAGCUCCGUCGUGGCGAGGUCCCUGGUACACAACCGCUGCAGAGGUUUAAGAAUGUGAUGCCAGUUUAAUGUGCGGCUACCCUUGAAACGGACAAGUCGGGAACCGACGUGCGCAC